AUGGGCAAUGAAGAUGAGGUUAAGCUUCUUGGCUUCUGGGCCAGUCCCUAUACUCUGAGAGUGAUGAUUGGGCUUGAAGAAAAGGGCAUCAAAUAUGAGUUUAUAGAAGAAGAUCUGUUGUCUAAAAAGAGCCCCCUGUUGCUGGAAUUGAAUCCUGUGCAUAAGCAGGUACCUGUUCUUAUUCACAAUGGCAGGCCUGUAAUUGAUUCUUCCAUUAUAUUGCAAUAUAUUGAUGAGGUAUGGAGCAAUGGCCCGACUUUCGUACCAUCUGAUUCAUAUGAUCGAGUUAUGGCUCGAUUCUGGGUAGAUUUUAUAGAAAAGAAGAUUUUUAAUUCAGGAGGAAGGAGCAUAGCAUUGAAAAAAGGAGAAGAACAAGAACAAGGAAAGAGAGAAUUUAUAGAAGGUUUAGCAAUACUAGAAGAAACUCUCAAAGGAAAAGAUUAUUUUGGCGGAAACAAUUUUGGAAUAGUAGAUAUUGCACUAGCCCCACAAAUAUGUUGGCUUCAUGCAUACGAAAUUAUUGGAAAUUUUAAGAUUAUGGCAAAACAAAAGUUUCCAAGCAUUUUUGCAUGGAUGAAGAGAUGUAUGGAGAGGGAGAGCAUGAAGAAAGCACUCCCACAACAAGAAAAAGUGCUAGCAAUGGAUGUAGCAAAUUUUGGUACAUCAUCCACCACACCUACCACAACUCUUGCACCUAUAUCUUCAUCAGAGGUGUUAACUAUGGACCAACUUUCACAGAUUCAUGAUGCCAUUGUUACGCCCAUUUCAUUUGGCCUGGAAAGCUAUACUGGUAUGUCACAUGUGGCUAAGAUUUCUACUUUGCAAAGGUCAUUCUUGAGAAUGCCUAAUCGGAAAAAUCAAUGA